UCAGCGUUUUUUUCUUUUGGUUUUUUUUCCCCAACAAUUUAAAUUUCGUCUUGUAAUGUUCUUCUCGUGAUAUUAUGACUUUAUUCCCAUAUUAUUAUGACUUUAAUUCUUAACUUUUUACGCAAUGUAAUUUUUCCAGAAUUACAACUUUUUGUCGAUGUGUUUCUCAAUAUUAUGACUUUAAAAAUUACAUUUUUUCUUUAAUAUUAGAAGUAGGGAUGUCCCGAUGCACAUUUUUUGGCUUCUGAGGCGAUCCGAUUUAUUUAUUUAUUUUUUAAUAAUUAGAAGCUUUUGCUGCAAACAUGAAUUUGUGGAAUUGAAUAUGGUUAUGAAAAUAGCUCUGCAAAGCAUUAAACAUAAUGCAACCAAAAUAUUCUUGAAAUGACUUUUUUUAUUCCACAGCAUGACCAACAAUAUUGUUUGCUUUUGUAACAAACCUCUGUGAGUCAGCUCCCUCAUCCAAUAAAAGAUCCAAUACAAGAUACAAUGGGGAAAAAAUGGGUGUGCAAAAUACUUUUAGGGUAGGGCUCAUAGUUUGACAUGGUUAGAGAUCAAUUUGUGGUGUGAUUUACAAUAUAUGACUUUUUUUCAUAAAAAUCUCUCAGGGCCCCAUGAAAUCUGUUUGAUUUUUCCCCAAAUUUCGUUUUAAUUUUUUAGAAUUCAGUUUUUUACCUUUUCCACUUAUUUUACCAGCAUAGAGUGUGUGCUAUUUGGGUUAGUGGAUAAAAUGAAACAAUCCUUCCAUUUAUUAAUGCAAUACAUCAUUGGCCCAUUUUGUCCAGUCAUUGAGAAAUGGAUGUAGCUUAGCUAACUUUUCUAAUGGGAUGUCAGCAUCAGCACAUAUUGCUACUAAAUCUUCAACAAACUCUAAUGCCCGUGCUUGUGAUUAAGUAAGAUGGAGUCACAGAUGUAAUGCCAAUCGUGUUAAGAAUGUAAGAUAUUUUAAUGACACCCUUAUUUUGUUUAAACGAUUAGACAAAAAGCGCUCUUACUUUGAAGGCCGGAAUGUGUUGUGUGUGUGUUGAGAAUGGUAAUUGACGGUUGACGCGCGCCGGGUGCAAGAUAAACGUGCCUCGUCUUUUUUCCACUCAGAACGUGCACGUAGUCAGUGGGCAUUGUAAAAUGGCACGCGCUAAACUAAGCGAACCCCGCUAGCUUCCAUUCACGCUCCGUAACAGAGGAGUUUCCAAGGUUUUUUGCCGCCGUUUCGACAUGUUUAGCAGUGUUUGUAAGGUCCCCAUUAUAAGCAACCAGAGCGGCACUUUCCGUGCGAGCUCCCUACACCAUGACGCAGCAGUCCGGGCACCGUGAGAGGGAACCACCGCUGUAGCUACGGAGCCGAACAUCCAACGUCCAACGUGACACUAACUUCACACGGUACACUGCGGACUUGUCUGCAUGGUGGUGUUGUGUUUUGUUCUUCUUGCGAGUGGCAACCAGCGUUGAGGCGUUGAGGCUGCAUUACUGCACCUCCCAUGUUGGAGUGUGGCUCAGAGUGAUACGGCAACCGGAUCGGCCCGACCUCAUGGCGGAAGCCGAUAUUAUCCGAUCAUCACAAAUACAGAGGAUCGGCAGCCGAUUCCGAAGAUCGGAUCGGCUGGCGGGCGCCACCUACAUGGACGUGCACCAGGCGGGGGGAGGGAUCCACUUCACGGUGGAGCACACGCGAGUGGCGGCGGCGGCCGACCUGCUGGCCUCGCUGAGCGGGCGUCUGGAGCGGAUGCGGCGUGCCGGCACCACCCUGGUGGAGGUGAAGAGCGGCUACGGCCUGGAGCUGCACACGGAGCUGAAGAUGCUGGAGGUGAUGGAGGAAGCACGGCGGACGGUGCCAAUCAACAUCUCCUCCACCUACUGCGGCGCUCACGCCGUGCCCAAGGGGAAGAGCGUUGAAGAAGCCACUGAGGACAUCCUGAAGGUUCAGCUCCCAAAGCUGAAAGAGCGAAUGUCAGCCGGGACGCUGCGUGUCGACAACAUCGACGUUUUCUGCGAGAAAGGCGUCUUCGACCUUAGCUCCGCCCGCUCCAUCCUGCAGGCCGGCAAGGACAUGGGCCUCAACAUCAACUUCCACGGGGACGAGCUCCAUCCCAUGAACUCCGCUCAGCUGGGGGCGGAGCUUGGUGCGUUGGCCAUCAGCCACCUGGAGGAGGUGACGGAUGAGGGCAUCGCCGCCAUGGCCAAGGCGGAGACGGCGGCGGUCCUGCUGCCGACCACGGCUUACAUCCUACGGCUGCCCCAACCCCGAGCACGAGCCAUGCUGGAGGCCGGCGUCGUCGUCGCCCUGGGUAGCGACUUCAACCCUAACGCCUACUGUUGCUCCAUGCCCAUCGUCAUGCACCUGGCUUGCGUCAACAUGAGGAUGUCCAUGUCGGAGGCCUUGGCGGCGGCCACCAUCAAUGCCGCCUACGCCCUCGGCCGCUCGCGCUCGCACGGCUCCCUAGAGGCGGGAAAAAACGGAGACCUGCUGGUCCUCAACGCCCCGCGGUGGGAGCAUCUCAUCUACCAGCUGGGCGGACAUCAGGAGCUCAUCCGCUAUGUUGUGGUCAAGGGUAACGUCGUCUACGACAACCAAAAGACGCUGGACUUGUGAAGAAUGGAAACAAUGUCCUGUGUUUACCCAUCUUAUCCUUAAAGGGACAGGACGUGCUUUAAUUGAACAUAUCAGGACUCCAAGACAUAUUUUGUAUAAAACAAACAUCUACCAGCUAGAAGAAUAAAUGUAUUAUGUAGUAUUACUGCAAAGAAAACAUCCAGUAAGUAAGGUAUUUUUAAACAUGGCUAUGUGUAUAUGUUGAAUGUACCAGCUUGUAAGUGUUUGAAACCAGGGCAGGAAGUUGGUCAGGCUUCGUACUUCUUGGCCGCCUGGUGGAUCUGCUGGUAGAGCGUCAUGGAGAACGCCAUCCCCAGGAGCUGAUCGAGACACCGGCGGUUACACGGCAUCAUGGCGCCGACGCUUCAUUGUGAGGUGUUGCUCACCUGAAUGACCAGCACACACAUGGCGAUGGUUCCCAGCAGGUGCUUGUUGUCAUCCAGCCACUCCUCCACCUUCUCGUAGCAGCCCUGACAAACAACAGCAACAACAACAGUCACUCACUUUGACAUCUUUACCACACACGCACACACACGACUAUUCAAUUCAUUCUUUGUGUAUAAAAUCCAGGAAAAGCUCUGCCAUUUCUUCACAUUUGCACCACAUGACAGGAAUACAAUAACAUUUUAGGACCUACACCAAAAACACUUGUCAAAGAUCCUCUAUACCAGUGAACCCCAACCCCUGAGCCACACAGAAAGAAAAAAUAAUUUCCAUGAUGUUUUAUUUUGACCGGAUUCUCUCUGUUACAUUCGUCUCACUUGACGCAUGUCCGUUGUGCGUGUACUAACUUUCUCUCUACUGCUGCUGUAUUUUUAGCAUUUUUCUUUCACCUCAUAUUUGGUGUCAAAUGCUGAUACUAUGUAGGAAUGCAUAAAAGUAAGUUUUAAUGACUUAUUGUGU